AUGAUACCGACGCCAGAUCUUUCUCAUUUGACUGGGCAUGACCUCCAGCAAGUGUACGAUCCAGCAGAGGACACAUUCUUACUCCUGGACGCCCUCGAACAAGAGGCUGAAGAGCUCAGGAAGGAACGUCCUCUGAUUUGUCUCGAAGUCGGGUCUGGAUCAGGAUGCGUGUCAGCAUUUCUUGGAACGAUACUGGGACGACCUCCUUCUCUUUACCUCUGCACCGACAUAAAUCAUCACGCCACCCGUUGUACCCUCGCAACAGGGAAACAGAACAAGAUAAUCCUGGAUCCAGUAACGUGCUCGCUAGCACGACCCUUCUUAUCGAGAUUGCACCACGCAGUCGAUGUCCUGCUAUUCAACCCCCCUUACGUACCGACAGAUACAAAUGAAGCAUCGAGUGCUCAGAGGAGUGCUGAUAUUACAGGGUCCUGGGCAGGGGGAACUGAUGGAAUGGAAACUACCAAUCGUUUCUUACAAGACGUUGAGUGUCUGCUAUCACCGCGAGGUAGAUUUUAUUUGGUUGCUUUGAAACAAAACGAUGUCCCAAGCAUCCGGUCCAGGAUGUUGGAAGACUUUGGUUUAACCAGUCAGAUUGUUAUCGAACGACGGGCGGGGAAAGAGUUUUUAAUAAUUAUUCGAUUCGGACGGAUCCCCCUACCUGAUUCCUGCAGUGGAUAG